GAGAUCCUGCUUGUCCUGGGAUCCUUCGGCACUUCCAUGGAAAGAGAAGCGUUAUGGCUUUGCAUGGACGAAGACCGUUAUGGCUUUGCAUGGCCAUCUUCGUCGUGGAGACGAUGCUGAAACUGACCCGAAAGUUCGUCCAGGAGCACUUCGUAAGCGGCGUGCCAUGCAGUUUCGUCAUGCUGCAGCUGGCUGAGGAUACUGAUCGGUAUCAUGGCUACCUUGCGGCGGUGUGGUUCCUGCGAGUGGCAGGGAUUGUAACACAGGGAGCGUUGGCGGGGAGGCUGGCUAGGCGCAUACGUUCUCAGAAAGCACUGCCCGUAGUGGAGGAGCCAGGUCUGGACAGGCUUGUAGAGAUGCUGCACUGCUGCUAUGGCGUCGUGUUUGUGCAGGUGCUUGUCUCCGUGCUCAUUGUAUUUCUCAAUGCUUUCCGUGCUACACCUUUCUCGCUUAUCUUAGGUUUGGAGUGCCUGCUUGUGAGGCAAAGACUCCUCGGUGACAGGCAAACACCAGAAUCAAGCCUGAUGAGUGCAAAUGCCGAUGCCACCCGGAGAGCAGGGACGGUGAGCAGGGAGGCUAUAAAUAGCUUACCAACGGCCAUGAAAGAUAAGAGGGUAAUAGACGAUCUAUCCGCUCUGGUGUGGUAUUUGCAUUGCAAGCGGCACCCUCUGCUACCUGCUGUGUGCGCCUACCAAACCGACGGGAGUUGCGGGCUCCCCGGGCAUUGGUUCCUUAGUGCGGAGCAGCUGCUCCAGCAUGCCCUCUGUGACAACGACAGUUCCCAUAGGAGGACUAUCUAUCCUGUCGGGCACUGUAAUCAGCUCGACGUAGACCAGGAGAUGGCAUUGGACGCCCUGGCGCGUUACGCCAAAAGCCGGGAUAGCCACGUUUGCGACUCGAUCGUCGGAAACGGGUGGGGUUUUGCAGAGCUGGGCAGGAUUGUGACCACCCACACGUCGAUGGGGUGUCGUGAACGGGCGGCCAUGAUCCUCUGCCACUUGUUAAACAUUCAUGCGAGGGAACGGUUGGCCGGGAUAUCGGAUCCUUAUGAUCCCUUCCUUGGUGGUCAUGUGACGCUCCUGCGCCAAAUGGGGCUUGAUAUGGUGAGUGCUUUGGCAAGCAAUGCCUCUCCGCAGCUCCAGGAGAAUGUUGCCCGAACACUUUGGUCUCUCUCCCAGAGAUGCACUAUCGCCGAAUGUCUUUUUCACGGCGAAGAGGGUAAAAGCCUGAUCGAAGAGCUGGUCAAGAUAGCUGUAGGCGGUGGAUUAACGGAUACUGUCAACGUGUACACCUUGUUGGUCUUCGUGGAGCUCCUGCGUCACCACGUACCUUAUGCCCAUUCAGUGUGGCUGGAGAAAGUCCAGACCUUUGCUCAACUUGCUGCCGACGCUUCACUGGAAUGGGAAACCCCUCGCCGGGAAGCAUUCUACGGUGUUCACUUCGGUGACAGCGACUUGGAAGGGGAGAGCUCGUGGAUCGUACCCCCUCACGGCGCGUUCCGGCAGUCCACAGCACUUCCGGUGAUCAUCGACUUUGCUCUGUCACACCGGUCAUCUAUGGAAUGCAAAUCGACAUUAGCCUUAAUUUUCUUGUCUUAUCAUCGGCUUGGCUCACAUCAUCUCUUCCCUUUUGAAGUCGCAGAGUUGACCCGUCUUUUUCAGAUUCGGUUUAACCAAACAUUUCAGGGCGAAUGAGGAUUCAUGGAGGGAGUUCAUGAGACAUUCGUGGAACGAUGCUGAAUGUCGUCUUCCGACCGUGACCUGGGUCCGGCGGAGCCCCGAGAGA